UGGGCCUGUGGACUGUGUUUAACGGAUUCCCAAAUUCCGACGAUCAACAAGAAUGAAAAACUUCCCUUCUCUUCCCUCCACAAUUUCUCUGAUUUUUUAUCCCGAAAUCAUUACAAAUGAAGAUAACGUACUUUCAGAUAGACUCAUAGACCAGCAACAGAUAAUAAAACGAGAAAAAAAGAUUUGGAUAACGUAAUUAUCUAUUGCCUCGCCUUUUCCACCUUCCAUGGCGUCUCUGCCUUCUGUCGCUCUGACGGGCUCUCUCAAGUUCGAACCCGAGUUCAGGAAAUAUUCCCCAAGCUCCCUUGCAAGCGAAAAGAGUCGGAGCGUCUCCCAUCAUAAAAGUUAUACUACCACCCAAUCGGAUCAAAAACCUGAUCCAUCAUGUAUGGACAUCAAAGAAGCACUUUCUCUUUUGAAAGAUGGCACCAAGAUCGAAUCGGCAUUCUAUGUUCCUCUCUUGCAAGAAAGCAUAGACGAGAAUUCAGUCUCAGACGCCCAAAUCAUCCACGGCCAUAUCAUAAAGACUGGAACUUAUGAAGAUUUAUUUAUCAUGACAUUCCUCAUUAAUGUCUAUGCAAAAUGUGGGACCAUGGAAGCUGCCCGGAAGAUUUUUGACAAAUUGCCUCGGAGGAAUGUUGUGACAUGGACGGCUCUGAUAACAGGUUACGUUCACAAUUCACAACCUGAACUUGCCAUCCUGGUUUUCCAGGAAUUAUUGGAAACUGGCGCUUAUCCUACAAACUACACGUUGGGGGCUGUUCUAAGUGCUUGUUCAUCAUUGUAUUCUAUUGAAUUAGGGAAGCAAGUCCAUGGGUAUAUUAUUAAGUACCAGAUUGAAUAUGAUACAAGUAUGGGGAACUCACUUUGUAGCUUGUAUUCAAAAUGUGGCAACCUCGAGUCUGCGGUUAAAGCCUUUAAAAGGGUCCCAGAGAAGAAUACCAUUUCAUGGACCACGGCUAUAUCUGCUUGUGGUGAUAAUGGUCAAGCUGAGAUGGGUUUGAGAUUUUUUGUUGAGAUGCUUUCAGAAGAUACUAGACCGAAUGAGUUCACACUUACUAGUGUCUUAAGCUUGUGUUGCAUAAUACAGACUUUGGGUGUUGGGAAGCAGAUCCAUUCGUUGAGUAUUAGACUUGGCUAUGAAUCAAACCUACCCAUCAAAAACUCUAUUAUGUAUUUGUAUCUGAAAUGUGGAUGGAUUGAUGGAGCACAGAAAUCACUUAGUGGAAUGAAGACUGUUAGUUUGGUCACUUGGAAUGCUCUGAUUGCAGGCCAUGCCCAGAUGAUGAAUUGUGCAAAAGAUGAUAUACCAGUUCGCCAUAGUGGAACAGAAGCACUAAACAUCUUUCUCAAGUUGAACCGAUCAAACACGAAACCUGAUCUAUUCACAUUCUCAAGUAUCUUAACUGUAUGUAGUAAUAUGGUGGCCUUGGAACAAGGGGAACAAAUCCAUGCCCAGGCCAUGAAAACUGGGUUCUUGUCAGAUGUUGUUGUGGGAAGUGCACUGGUAAACAUGUAUAACAAGUGUGGAAGCAUUGAAAGGGCAAGCAAAGCUUUUGUGGAAAUGUCCAAAAGAACUUUGAUAUCAUGGACUUCAAUGAUCACAGGUUUUGCGCAGCAUGGUCGAUCUUACCAGGCUUUGCAGCUCUUUGAGGAUAUGAGGUUGGCAGGGGUCCGACCAAAUAAGAUUACUUUUGUGGGUGUUCUUUCAGCUUGUAGCCAUGCUGGGAUGGUAAAGGAGGCACUGAGUUACUUCGAGAUAAUGAAGAAUGAGUAUGGGAUCAAUCCUGUGAUGGACCACUAUGCAUGCUUAAUCGAUAUGUUUGUGAGGUUGGGACGGUUAGAUGAAGCUUUUGAUUUUAUCCAGAAAAUGGAUUUUGAACCUAAUGAGGUUAUAUGGUCAAUUUUGAUAGCUGGCUGUAGAAGCCAUGGGAAUAUGGAGUUGGGAUUUUAUGCUGCUGAAAGGUUACUUGAACUUAAGCCCAAAGAUGCUGAGACUUAUGUCUUAUUGUUAAACAUGUAUCUCUCGGCUGGGAGAUGGAAGGAUGUCUCGAGGGUGAGAAAAAUGAUGAGAGAUGAGAAGAUUGGACGAUUGAAGGAUUGCAGCUGGAUUUCCAUUAAAGAUAAGGUUUAUUCCUUUCUACCUGAUGAUAAAUCAUUUGCUCAGAGUGAACAGGCAUAUGAUUUAUUGGAGGACUUGCUUGCCAAAGCAAAAAACCUGGGAUAUGUUUCCAAAAGAAGCUUAGAAAUAGUAGAUGAAGAAGAUGAUGAGAAGAUAAUUUCUUCUAUUGUACAUCACAGUGAAAGAUUGGCCAUUGCUUUUGGCUUAUUAAACAUGCCAAAAGGUGCACAUGUACGGGUUAUCAAGAAUAUUAGUAUGUGUAGGGAUUGUCAUAGUUUUAUUAAGUUCAUCUCAGUAUUUACUGGAAGGAAAAUUGUCAUUAGGGACAGCAAACGACUUCACAAAUUCAGUAAUGGCCAUUGUUCAUGUGGCGACUUCAGUAAUCUUCUUUGAUUUUGGUGAUUUCUGUACUGUUGUUGCAUUUUUAUCAAGAAUGUAUUCAUAAUACAAGCUCCCAAAUCAACUAACCUAUGGUGCAGAUUCAUUGUGAGACCAAAUAUUUCAGAAUCUCUCUUUCUAGUCAUUUGAAGGUGGUUGAAGUUAGAAAUUGGACCUUUAAUCUUUGAUGAUUUUAACUAAGAUUGGAAAUGUUUUAUUUUU